AUGUCAGAAGAAGAAGAAAAGAGUCAAUCGGGAGAAGCCGCCGCGGCGCCCGAAGAUGCCGAGAAUGCCCAAACUUCAGACGAUCCCUUUGCGGAUCCAUUUGCGGCGGGAGAUUUGGAUUUUGAAGAAGCGGCCGCUCGUCGGGAACGUGCGUUGGCAGCACGACGGGCCCGCGAAGCCGAAGAAGCGGCCAAUGGAGGAGGCGGCGGGGAUGAUGAUGGGGACAUUCAAGUCAUCAAGAUUGGAUCGCUCUUUGACGACGAUCCAUUGCCUGUACCCGUCCGACAGACUCCCACCCGAACGACUACCAUCGAUCGAUCGUCGAGAGAUAUCGAAUCGGACGAUUCCGACGAAGAAGAUCCGGACGAAGUGGCCGCUCGAUUGGCGGCAGAAGAAGCCGAACGAAAACGCAUUCAGCGCGAACGAGAAAUCACCAUUCAAGUGGGAGAGAAUAAAACACUGACCAAAUGGCCGUAUGAUCACUAUCACAUUGUGCAGGAAGAGUACUGGAGAAAGUACUUUGAACGAGAAGAAGCCGCCAAAAUCAAACAGGAACAAGCAGGAGAAAAUGGCAGUGACAGUAGUACCAGUGUCAGUAUCACCAGCAGUGAUGAAGACGAUGACGAUGACGAGUCUUCCAGCAGCGAAGGAUCGUCCAGUUCCAGUGAAGAAGAAUCUUCCAGUAGUGAAGGCAGUGAAGAUAGUGAAGAACGCAUGGCACGCAAAGCACGAGAACGACGUUUAAAGAAGAAACGAGAUCGAAGAGAACGAAAAAUUGCCGAGAAGAAACGACUCAAGCGUCUCAAUCGAGAUACUGUCAAGGAACAGGAAAAGCGACGCAAGUUGCGACAAAAGGCCAUGGAAGAAGAACGACAAUCCGGACUGCAUGAUCUCAAGUCCGACAUUCUGGUCUUUGAACGACCACAAGAUCCGCCUGACAUUAAACAGGCCGUACGAGAUUUGCCACUCACCGAAUUCGAAUCCGUCGCCAAGGAACGCGCCAUUGCCAUGAUUAGUACCUGGUUGUUUGAUGCCGGGUUGGUACAGGAACUCAUGCAAACCAAAAAGGUCAGUGGGGAUGGUACCACCACACGGGAAGAAGAAGAAACCAAAAAGAAGGAAAAGAAGGUACAAAUCAAAAUCACACUGCCCGGUGACAAGGAUAAGAAAAAAGACAAAGACAAGCGCAAUGCGCAGGACCAGGGACCACGACGCACCAAGAUGGAUAUUGAAAUUGAAAAGUUGGAAAAGACGGUGCGGUUGCAACUCGAUGUCAUCAACAUUCGACUCAAAAAGGGGGUCGCCACGUCGGGCAAUGAAGUCCAGGAACUGGUCAACAGUGUCGUCAAUGCCAAAUCGGAACUGGUCAAACUGCGACAAACUUCCAGUGUCUUGUCCACGGCCGGUGGAACAUUUGAUACCGUCUCGGGAAUGGCCACCCAUCAAACGACAUUUGCCAUCAACAAGUACCCUCACUUGAAGUAUGCCAUUAAUGCACGCAAGAAUCUACAAAAGUGCUUUCGAGAAUUGACGUUCUUUAGUCAAAUUCCAGAGAAUUGUGCUCAUCUGGUCGAUAUGCUCCUCGGGGCAGAAUGGUCCGAAAAGGAAUGGGUGACGCUCCGUACGGUUUGUCGCGAACACGUCGAGUUGGAGAUUUUCUUGUUGGAAGCCGAAGCGGGAAUGCGCAAACAGCAAGCCGAUGAAGAAGAAGAUGGUGAUGACGAUGAUGCCGCCAAAAAGCAACGACGGCGGUCGUCCAUGGGUGCGGGCUUCAAGCGAGCGUCGUUUGAUGUAGGAUUGCCACACAACAAUGAUGAAGUCGAUCGGUUCUUGAAAGAGCACGUGCAGAAUGUCUACGAACUGGGGGAUGAAAUCCGCAUGAAGAUUCAAAGUGGCAUGUCGGAUGCCUUUGAAAUCGCAUACGACAAUCCUGCCGGGAUGGUGGCGUUGGUGGAAGCAGUGGAGAUUUACGAGAAUGCCAAUAGUGAAUACCAAGCAAUUCAUGGAAAUGACUUGGCCGAUGGCAAGAUACCCGUCAAGAGCUUGCGCUUUAUCAAUAUCCGAGCCACGGCGUUAGGACGACUGUACAGGGAUAUGCGAGAACGAGGAGAAGCCAUGUUUGAGGGUCUUGUGGAAAGCAUCGACAAGAAUGAAGAGGAUCACGUCAACAAGGAGUUCAGUGCGAUUCUUCGUGGGGCCAAUGAUCUCUCCUCCGAAGUCACGUUUGUGGCGGAACAGAUGGCUCCGUGUUUUCCGAGCUACUGGUCGCUAGAAACUGUGUGGACUAGUUGCGUAGCCGAACUCUGCGCAGAGCAGAUUCAAGAUCGGAUUAAGGAUGAAGAUGCUUUUGCCAUAUUGGGUAUGCCACAACUUUUGGAUAUGGUGGCUUGGGUGGAGAACUUUAAAGAGCUUGUGGAAGAGUCCUUUCCUGAUGUUGCCAGUCUGGUCAGCCCCAAGAGAACUUACUUCGAGGCAACGCCCCUACUGCUCUCCAAGAGCAACGACACCGUGACCGGUCAAAGGGCAAAGGAUACUCUCGCGUUUGUCAACAACAUCCUUUGGGAUGCUCACAAGAAUGCCAUGACUGAGUUCAUUUUCCGAACAAGGGAACAGGCUGUCGAGCUGUUGGAGCGGUUCUACAAGGCCGACCAUGACAAGAGGCAAACAUCUGACGACCUGUUGCAAACGUCCUUGUGUGGUGACAUUUACGGAUUCAUUGGUCUCCAAGUGAAGACACUGCGAGAGCGUCUCACAAGGAAGUCAGUCGCCAUGAUUCAGCUGGUGGGUGUAAUCUUCAAAGCUCUUUAUGAUGCCCAGCGAGCACACAGAGAUCAUUUCCUCGUGGACUUCGAAUGUUGUUGCGCUGGAGCUAAUGAUUUUGUUCAGAUGGGGGAGAAAUGUGAGGACAUCAUUUUUGAGAUUCGCACGGAAUGCCACCUGUCCCCGAAGGAAUCAGAGACCCUUGACAAUCAAGCGGGGGCACUGCUGGGUCUCUACACGUCGGAUGCUGUGUACGCCGCACAGAAGAUCAGCGUCUUUGUCUUCAAGGACAUCUACGAAUCCGAAGAAAUCACACCGCUCUUCUUCUCUGUAGCCUGGCUCGAUGAGAUGCCCGACAAUGACGUCGCGGGCGAUGUGGUGAUCACAAUCACGGACUACUUCACUGAUAUCCAGGACUAUUUGGAUGAUAUCAUGAUCAUCAAGGCUCUUCAAGCUCUGGUCACAAAGUGCGUUGUGUACUACAUCGAGCAGCUGUUGGACAGAGCGACCAAGCACAAGUCUGGAAGAGACUCCUACUUUGCCGACAACAAACGAGCCUUGGAACGUAUGGAGGGAGACAUCGAGGUCAUGAAAGGCUACUUUGAUGAGAUUGCGGACCAAGAGGACAACCGUCCACUGAAAGAGUACAUCUUCAAAGAGUUUGAAAUCUUCGAAACAUAUCAUGCAGUUAUGAGUAUCGCCUGUGGGGUUUCUGACGAGGAUAUCAGGCGCUAUUUGUGGGCCUUUCAGGACUAUCUCAAGAGUUACGACAUGACCCAUGCCAUAGUUGGUGAUUUGUAUCAUCUUGUCAAUCCGGGUGAAGAGGCCACCAUCUCCCAGCAGAUGGAAGAGAUGAAGGAUGAUCUGAUGACCGAGGACCUCAAGGACGAGAAAGAGGAAGAUGAACAUGGCACAGUGCCGGGCUUGAACCUAAAGCACAUGCUGAAGAAACACAUUCGUGAGAGCAAGGACAAGCGGUCACGUCCUGGCGAAGGCGGUGUGUCGUCUUGGUUUGGCAUUGGAAAAUAG